AUGUUUAUUCCUGUGAGUGCACGCACGGGUUACGGCCUAUCAGACUUAGAGGCGUGCAUAGCAUUGUUAGCGGAGUCUCUGCUGCAUCUAUCUCUUCCGCCUCCACCAGCAGCAGGGGCCCCCGUUGCUGCAGCAAGAGGCUUCGUCUUGGAGGUGCGCGUACACCCCAAACGGGGCCGUGUACUGCAUGCAAUUGUGCGGUCGGGUUAUCUUCAAGAAGGAGCAUGGGUAGCUGUGGGGCCCCACUAUGGCCGCAUAAAGAAACUCUAUAAACCCCAGGGGGGCCCCCAAGAUGGGGGCCCCCAAGGUGGGGGCCCCCUAGUGGGGGCCCCCCAUGGGGGGGGGCCCCAGAGGGGCCCUAAGGGGGGCCCCCAGGGGGCCCCCAUAAGGGUACCGUUUGCAGGGAUGAACGAAGCAGUGGAGAUUGCUGGGUUAGGGGAUUUAGAGGCCUCUGCAGGACAACUGAUUGUACAGACGAAGACGCAGCAACAAGCUGCUAAACUUGCUGCUAUGGCGCAGAGAGCUCUUGAGGGUUGGUGGGAUUGCGGUCUCCACAGGCGCGAGCUACCCAGAAGGAAAGUGUUGAGGCCCCGGAAGCAGAAGACCAGAUGUGUUGGUCCUAAGGCCACUAUAUCUGCAUCGGAGUGUCUCCGGCAUUUGGGGGGGAGUGUGUUACCGGAGGUGGGGUUGGUGUUGAAGGCUGGAGAUCAGGGUAGUUUAGAGGCAUUGUUGAUGUGGAUAGACACUGCAAAUAAAAAAACAAAAGAAGAAAAUCUAUCUCCUGCUGUAGCACUAGCUCUAGAACAGGCCCGAGCCUCCCCUACAGCAGCACUAAUAAAUCAACCAAGACAAACAAACAAAGACAAAGGAGACAAAGAAAAAGAAGAAAGAGAAGAUGAAGACACAGGAAAACAAACACAAGGGGACAAAGACAAACCUGCUGCUGCAGCUGCUGCUGCUGCUGCAUACAGAAAGUCUCUGCUGCAGCAGUGGAGGCCUUUAAGGGUUGUUCGAUCCGGUGUGGGGCCCCUCACUGUCUCCGACGUUCACUACGCCCAACUCACGGGGGCCCUCGUCUUUGCAUUUGGGGUUCCCCUGCUAGACGGCGUCAAACAG